AUGAGGAGGCGAUGCUGCGAUGUGGCGGCGAUGAGGAGUCGAGGCGGGGAGGGCGAUGUGGCGCCCCCUGGCAUCAUCACCUUUUGCCUCAGUUCCGCCACGUCCUUCCCCUCCUCCCCUCCGCACCCCUCUUCCUCCCCUUCCGCCCCACUACCCCGCUCCCCCCCCCCCGCCCGCACGCCUCCGCUGCUGCAGGCGCGCGCGGGUCUGGGGAGGCCACCCGCAGAGCCGCGAGAGGCGUGUGGGAAGCGCAGGGGGAGAAUGGUCUGGCGGGGGAGCACGCCUUGGCCCGAACGCUCGCUGUCGCUCUCAGCCCCCUUAGCUCUGCUUGGAAUAGCGGGCUCUGUCGGUGCUUCCAGGGCGACUGAGGCCAGGGGAGGAGGGCGCGGUGAGGUAGAAACGGGAGGGGGCGUGGGCGGAUUGGGCGGCGGGGAAGGGGCGCAAAUACAAGCGCCCCUGCUGUCGUCACGGUCCUUCCUCGCCCCCUCAACGCCCACUCCCGCUGCUCUUGCGGCUUCCCGCUGCCCCUCGCCCUCACCGCGCAGUGCUGCAACGGAAGUCGCAGCAGGAGCGACCAUAUGCGCGGAGAGGUUGGCGGAGGAGGAGGCGCGCGGCAGCGACACGUCGACGCCCACCAAAUAG